CACCAGCGUAUUCAUACAGGAGAGAAGCCAUAUCACUGCUUAGAGUGUGGAAAGAGUUUUACUCAAAGUAGUUCCCUUAAAGUACACCAGCAUGUUCACACUGAAGAGAAGCCAUAUUACUGCUCAGAGUGUGGAAAGAGUUUUGCUGAACAUGGCGCCCUUCAAAAACACCAGCGUAUUCACACAGGAGAGAAACCGUAUAACUGCACUGAGUGUGGAAAGAGUUUUACUCAAAGUAGUGCCCUUAAAGUACACCAGCGUGUUCACACAGGAGAAAAACCGUAUCACUGCUCACAGUGUGGAAAAAGUUUUACUCAAUGGAGUAAUUUCCAAGAACACCAGCGUAUUCACACAGGAGAGAAACCGUAUCACUGCUCAGAGUGUGGAAAGAGUUUUGCUCAAUGGGGUAACCUUCAAAACCACCAGCGUAUUCACACUGGAGAGAAACCGUAUCACUGUUCAGAGUGUGGAAAGAUUUUUAAUCAAAGUAGUUCCCUUAAAGUACACCAGCGUAUUCACACAGGAGAGAAACCGUAUCACUGCUCAGAGUGUGGAAAGAUUUUUAAUCAAAGUACUGCCCUUAAAGUACACCAGCGUAUUCACACAGGAGAGAAACCGUAUCACUGCUCAGUGUGUGGAAAGAGUUUUGCUCAUGAAAAUAGUCUCAAACGGCAUCAGCGU